UGAUGGUGUUAACAAGGGACAGAUGUCCGCCGCUAUAAAAGUCGCAGUCGAAUCGUCCCAAGUCUCGUCGUUUUAAAAUGUCACGCACCGCCUCACAUCGCGAUUGGCCCCUUCGGCCGUCUUACAUUGUACUUUUAUCAUUUAUAUUAAUAUUAACGCUGUCGACGAUGUUGCGACGAACGGAUGCCAAUCCUUUACCGGAUCUCUCACAGGAAUACCAAAACCUGAUAUCCGGAUAUUCGACGGACAGCUCAUUGGAUAUCUCGAUCAACAAUAUGACGGAUAUCUCGACGGAAAAUUCAACGGAGAUUUCGCCUAACACCGACGUGUAUGUAAUAAAAGCUGUAGUUUACGAAAUUGGAAUUCUCACGGAUAUGGAUAAUUCAACGAAUAGCGGAAGCACCGAAAGACAAGAGAGAGUAGAUAUAUCGUUGUACGAUACACCGCAGGAAGACGAGUUUUCCUAACUCCAAUGAACUUUUUAUUUUGAGAAGCAACAAAAUACGAUAUCACACAUCUAAACGCGUUUAUGGAUCGAAAAGAAGAAAAAGAGAAUGUUAAACGUAAAGACUGCGCCAUACACGACGACGAUGUUAUUAGUAGACGUGCAUAGUAAAUUAUUAUAUAUAAUUACAUAUUAUAAAGCAAAACGUAAAAUUAACGAGGAGCGUGUAAUGUAUGCGAUAUAUGUGCAGGCAAUUUAUAAAUUUCGAUAUUAAAUCUGUAAUGCUGU